AUGUUCCGUCAUACUCUGCUCUUCCUCUUGGCUGUUCAUGAGAUCAACCAGAGCCCAAUGGUGCUACCCAACAUCACCCUGGGCUACAACAUCUAUGAUAACUUCUUCAAUGCAAGAAUAACCUAUGAGGCCAUGAUGGACUUACUGUCUACAGGGCAGGAGAAUGUCCCAAACUACAGAUGUGGAAGACAAAAAAACCUGCUGGCAGUCCUUGAAGAGACAGAUUCUGAAUUCUUUGAUCAUAUUUCUACAUUCUUGGGCAUCUAUAAAAUUCCACAGACAGUACCGUCUUCUAGAUGUUCCGAAAGUUGUUACCCAGGAUAUGCCAAGGUCAUGAGAAAAGAAGCACCAGUUUGCUGCUACGACUGUUCUCUGUGUAUGGAUGGAACAUUCUCUAUGCGAGAAGAUGUAGCCCAUUGUGAAAAGUGUCCAGAUGAUCAGCAUUCCAAUAAGAAGCGAGAUCAAUGUAUUCCCAAAGUUAUAACUUUCCUGUCCUAUAAAGAAAACUUGGGUCUCACUCUAGUUCUCUUUGCCACUUCCUUAUCCAUAACUACUGCUUUUCUUCUGGGAAUCUUCAUUAAGUACCGAGAAACCCCCAUAGUCAAAGCCAAUAACCGGGACCUUACCUAUAUUCUUUUGAUCUCCCUCCUACUUUCCUUCUUGACUUCACUUCUGUUCAUUGGUCGACCCAAGAAAGUGACCUGUUUUCUUCGACAAACCACCUUCAGCAUUCUUUUCUCAGUUGCUGUGUCUUCCUUACUGGCCAAGACUGUCAUGGUGGUGGUGGCAUUUCUGGCAACAAAGCCAGGCAGCAGAAUGAGGAAAUGGCUGGGGAAAUCUCUGGCCACCUCCAUUGUCUUGUCUUGUUCUGGGGUUCAGGUAGGCAUCUGUUUCAUAUGGCUGAGAAUUUCUCCCCCAUUCCCAGAUUCUGACCUGCAUUCUCAACCAGGACACAUUGUGCUGCAAUGCAAUGAAGGCUCAGUCACCAUGUUCUAUUCUGCCCUUGGCUACAUGGGGUUUCUGGCUGCCAUCUGCUUCUUCUUGGCUUUUCUAGCCAGAAAGCUUCCAGGUACCUUCAACGAAGCCAAAUGGAUUACUUUCAGCAUGUUGGUUUUCUGCACUGUUUGGAUUUCCUUUGUCCCCACUUACCUGAGUACCAAAGGGAAAUACAUGGUGGCUGUGCAGAUCUUCUCCAUCCUGGCCUCCAGUCUGGGAUUACUGGGCUGCAUCUUUAUCCCUAAAUGCUUCAUUAUUAUCCUGAGACCUGACAUGAACACCAGGGAGCAUCUAAUGAUGAAAAACUAG